AUGUCUGGAGGAACCGAAUGUGCAUCACCUCUGAGUAAUGGAACACCCCAAGUAUCUCCGGCCAACCAUGUGCUCUCAUCCGAUAGCUCCGACGACUACCCAGAACAAACUAUAGGAUCAUUGGAUGAAAUGAGCUCAUUCAAAUCGACAUUACUACCAUGGGGAAAUGAAGACUUCUUAAAAUGGGCCCCAAUGUCAAUGUAUGCGCAAUCAUCUAUAUCUGCUGUCAAUGCGUCAUCUUUAGCACCAUUCUCUUUUCCAAGUGAAGAUUUAUCUGUAAGAUCAGCUUUAAACUUUGCUAACGAUGUCACUAAACUUGAUAUUGCUACGUUGGCUACUAAUGAUGUUGCAACACAGACCGAGGUGUUACCGGAACAGCAGGUUCUUUGGGAUAUCAUUAAUAACAAGGAAUUACUCAUCCAGGUUUGUAGCACGUCUAGGUCUCGGCCAUAGUU